AUGAAGCCAGCUUACUUGCUUGGAACACUGGCCUGCGGGCUCUGCGUGCACGCCAGACGAUUCCCAGCUGCCGGGCUAGUGGGCAGACAAUGGGGUGGAGGAGGCGGCGGGUUCGGUGGUGGAUGGGGAGGAGGUGGCGGCAGUGGAGGGGGUGGAGGAGCAGCCUGCGAAUGGACGGGCCACUGCCUUGGUGAUGCCUGCGAGACCGAGAUUGACUGCGACGGCGACCUCACCUGCCGCGCUGGUCGAUGUGCCAAUCCAGGAGUCAGUCAACCCGGCGGAUGGCCCACUCCAACCACAAUCAUCUGGACCACGACUGUCUACGUGACGACCUGGCCCACGCCAACGUCCAAUCCCACGUGCGAGUGGACUGGUCACUGCGCUGGUGACCCAUGCGAGGAGGAUACCGACUGCGACGGAGACCUCAGCUGUCGCGGCGGCAGAUGUGGUGGGGUUGGAGUCCCCCCGAUCAUCAUCACGUCUACGCGCCGGGUGACUACGUCCACACGCCGGGUCACUACCACCACUCGCAGGGUGACGGUUCCGCCCGUUCCCACCCGCUCGACGUCCCGGCCGCAGCCGACCACGACACGGCAGCCUGCUCCAGCCUGUGGCGACAAUCCUUUGGCCUGUAUCGGACUUAGCUGUGAGACAGAUGCUGACUGCGGCUUCGACUUGAUCAUCUGCAAGGAUGGGUCCAGGUAUGUCCGCCUCACGCCCCCCAUCCUGGAGCCCUCCCCUGGAGGAGGUGGACAGCGACGAGCCUCUCCCCCACCGGCCUCGGUCGCGUCCGCCAUCCCCCGCUUCCACCUCCACGGCGAGCACAACUGCGGCGACCACCGGCAUGACAUCACGGAUCCCAAGUUCCUCCGCAGGCGGUCGUUCGUCCGCCAGGGCGGCAGCAGCAGCAGCAAAGCAGGAUCCACCACCACCGCGAGUGCUAGCAGCAGUACCACACCACCGUGGCUCCUCGCCUGCAGCAGGUGUCACGCCCGCGUCACGCUCAACUGCCUGCACGACCUCCCCUGCGGCGACCUGCUCUGCCGCGACUGCCUGGUGGUCGCGGCUCUGAGCGUCAAGCUCGAGAUCGAGAAGCGACCGGGCAUCAUCUGGAACACGCGCGUCAACAUGGCCGAUACCAGGAUCCGUCUUGCCGCAAUAACAACAACAACAACAACAACGGCAGCAACAAACAAAGCAGCGACAGACCCGCAGGAGAGGAAGAAAAAGAGGCUGGUCCAGCGGCAUGCCGAGUACCACAAGGAAGUGCUCCGUCUCGCGGGACUGACCUGCUGCGGGCUUGACAUGCAGCUGGAGCGGUUCCUGCCGUGCCUGUCCCCCGCCGUGUCGCGAGACCUGUGGCUUGCCAUUCGAUGGGUGGCGUGCGACGAGGAGCCGGCGGAGCAGAGGGCGUGCGCGUGGCCCGACUGUGGCGCGUACCUGCCUGUGUGCUGCAGGUAUGAGAUGCCCGGCGUGGAAGGAUAUGCCCGUCGAUGGUAUUGUGUGGUCUGUCAGGGGAACUCGAUGGAGUGUGCGCGGAAGCUGAGGGUCGAGCAGAGGAGUUUUCCGUUUUUGCCUAAGGGCCAGCCGGCGCUGACUCCAUCGCGGUAG